GUACGAUAUGUUGUAUCGCCAUGUCAUCGUGACCACACGUCGCUCGCCGACCCAGGCAAAAACAUCAAUCCCAACAAACCUGAUCUAUUUACACUACAACUGCGGAGUGCCGGAUGAUGCCGGAUUGACCUCAGUGAUGAGAAUAAUGACGUGAAUCGGCAUCGAGCCGACUUGCGGCUACUGGCUUGUUAACGUGAUCUCAGCGCUAAUGACAGCAGCUCUGCAAUUGCCAUGCUGGCCAGCUUUAUGGAAGGUCUGCUCUGCUGCCUCACCUCAAAGUCGACCAAUGUUGUGGUUCCUGUCGAGACGUCCGAACCUAGCGACGGUUAUGAGUUUGUCGAAGUGAAACCAGGCCGGGUGCUUCGCGUUCGACAUAUAAUCCCUGAGCGGUCGGUGGCUGAGCAACCUACAGGAGAGGGUGGGUGCGUCAGCUGCAAGAGGAGGAUCUCAGUCUUCUGCAAUGGACAGCUAUUCAUCGAGAACCUGGGGGACAGUGCCGGUGCGGCGCUAAAAACCUGCCAGAAUGGUGACACAGAACCGAGCAGCACUGUAGAGGUUGAACUGACAGACUGUGGCAACACCUCGCUGCCCACUGGAGUCCCUGAUACCAGGUCAGACUUGGUCACAGCAAGAAAAGCUGUAACAUCUGAGAUGGGAGCAGGAGAGGACGCACCCGCCGCUCCGCAGGUCGAAGCGUCACAGAACUUCCGCAAACGGAAGCUCAAGCGCACUGUGGUGAUUGACUGCGAGAGGAAAAUAUCAACGUGUAAGGGGACGCAUCCAGAUGUUGCUCUGUUCUUCAUCCACGGUGUUGGAGGCUCACUGGAUAUCUGGAAGAGCCAGUUGGACUUUUUUUCUCGACUGGGCUAUGAGGUGAUUGCCCCGGACCUGGCAGGCCACGGGUCCAGCUCAGCACCUCCAAUACCCGCUGCGUACACCUUCUAUGCCCUUGCAGAAGACAUGCGACUCAUCUUUAAGAGAUAUGCACGCAAGAGGAAUAUUCUCAUUGGACAUUCUUAUGGAGUGUCAUUCUGUACGUUCCUGGCCCACGAGUAUCCGGAGCAGAUCCACAAGAUGGUGAUGAUCAAUGGAGGUGGCCCCACAGCUCUAGAGCCCAGCCUGUUCUCUGUCUUCAACUUGCCUUCAUGUGUGCUUGACUGCCUCUCUCCACUGCUCAGCUGGAGUUUUCUCAAGGCCGGUUUUGCUCGUCAGGGUGCAAGGGAGAAGCGGUUGCUCAAAGAGAACAACGCCUUCAAUGUGUCGGCUUUUGUGCUGCGUGCCAUGAUGAGCGGGCAGUAUUGGCCCGAGGGGGAUGAGGUCUACCACGCUGAGCUCACAGUACCCACCCUGCUGGUUCAUGGAAUACACGACAAGUUUGUCCCCGUUGAAGAGGACCAGCGUAUGGCAGAGAUCCUUCUCAUCGGCUUCUUAAAGGUCCUGGAGGACGGCAGUCAUAUGGUCAUGAUGGAAUGUCCAGAGGCUGUCAACACACUACUGCAUGAGUUCUUCCUCUGGGAGCCUGCAGCCCCUCCACCACCAAAGUCCAAAGCCCGUCCAGAGACUGCCAAGGCCCAAAGUGACAAGACCAAAGCUGCGCCAGACCCUGCCAAGACCCGACCAGCAACUGCCUUGCAGGCCUCAUUAAACAGUGCAGCAGAGGUCAUGUUCGACAGAGGGGACAAAAAAUAAGUCAAGCUUUAACGGUGACGGUGAUCAAACUUGAAGAAAGUUCCGUGUGAUCACACGUGAACUGAGAUGGCUUGAGCUGAAAAUGUCCAUGGAAAGGGUCCGGCUGAAGGUCAGUCAUGAAGGCGGGACACAGUCAAGGAGAUGUGUCAACUCAAACCAAGCAUGAGGAGAAAGGAAAUGGAGCUUGAGUCAUUGUGACGAGUCAAGACGCUCCGGGAGAUGUGCCUUGAAGUGAUGCAUGCUCAUCUUUUUGGGUGAGAUCUGAAAAAAAUUUACUUUAACACUAACAUUUUUGCCGUGUGAGCCAGAACCAUCGGCACAUUUCCAGUAGCAUUUCCUUCUAGUAAAAUACAAGUUGUAGCAAAACAAAAAGCGUUUUGUUGAUGGGAAAUAUGCGACUUGCCAUGUUGAUGCAAAGAGACAAAAGAAAGUAAAUGAAACUGUUUACAUGUGAAAUGUAGUCAUAGGCAAGGCCUAUGACCAUACACGGAGAACAUGCUUUACCAAAAACGGGACAUAACAUGUUUUUAAGUGGUCUGAAGUCUGUAAAUGCGUGCAUAUACAAUAUUUUUGUACCACAAUACAAUAUCUUUCCAUGUAGUUCAUUAAAGGACCUCUCAAAUGCUGUGAACAUUGGCACUUAUUCCAUGGUUCUGGACUUAAAAUGAUGUCCGAAGAAAAAAAUCCCCCUAAAAUAGACUCAGAAGAAAUUUUAGGCUUGUUUUUGAUGACAUAUUUGUUUUUCAGCCAGAUUUUGGCCUGCCCACCUUUAUGGCGAAACCUGCGCGAGCCUGCUGACGUCAAGCACAUUUGCUUAUACAGUAUUAGUACGUACCGAGUAUGUUCUCGGUUGCUUCACAAAUCGAUACUAUUGGUCUGUUCCCACUUCAUCUAUUAUUUUUUUUUACGCAAUAUCAACCAAUUUAAAAUAUGAAAAUAGCUUGAGAGCUAAUGUACACACGCUCUUGAACGCUAUAAAUAUCUGAGAAUUGUCAUAAAAUGGCAAUUCAUUCAUUCCUCAUUCUGUGGAAGCAAGCCAUGUGUCGUAAUUGUCACCUAUAUUAAGUUUGGAUGUUUUUAGACAAUAACGAGUGAAAAUAGUGAGGUUAGAUACAUUUCAGUAGGCUUGUUUUAUUCAAAUCAAUUGCUGUAAUACUUCGUUGCAGAAGGAAGGAACCCGCAUGAGGUAAGUGUGUGCAGAUUCCUUUAUGCACGGAUUUAAUCUGCUCAUUGUUGUAUUGAUUGCAUCGCUCACCUUUAAAAAGUUUGGGAAGAAUUUUUUUGUGCAGUCAGUGGGGUCAUGUGACUUCGGACUUUGAUGUGCACGGUUGUCAACACGGCGAACACCAUCCAGCAUGGUGCCAUGUUUGUACCAUUUUAAUCAAUGACAGCGUAAUAAAUUAGCUAUUGAACAUAAUGUUGGGGUGCUGGUGUGUUGAUGUGAAUGUGCAACAGUAUAUGAUCGCAAGAUAAGGUAAUGUAUAAUACCAACUGCAACAACAAAGCAGUGUUUGGAAGGUCAAGCAAGAUGUCAUUUUUUUUCUUUGUUGUUUUUUAUUUCCUGAAAAGUUGUCAUUUUGGAGGUGAGGGGACUCAGCCUGACAGUGACAUCAGGUAAAAUAUUGGUAAACCCUGCCACUUAAUAGUAUUGUACAUUCCUUUAUCCACACUGGCUAUUGG